AUGGUUGGGGGAAGCAGGAGUAUGGUGCUCAUGGUGGUGAUGAUGCUCGUAGCGAGCGCAAGCUGCGUGUCCAUUCACAAGAUUGGCACGGUGAAGGAGACUGGCACGGUGAAGGAGUCCGACAAAGUAGCUCGCGGUGAUGUGAACGAGUACUUCGCUGAGGAAACGAACAAGGAGAUCGUGAAGACUAUGGAGGAUUUCAAGGCAGGCCAUGACUGGGAUGUUGGAUCGCUCCCUUGUGAGACUGGCCCUGUCCACUUCCAACUGGCAUGUAAGUCAGUCAGCUUUGCCAGAAGAAACCGUGGCAGGACCGUACCAUUCAGGGUCAAGAAUGGCCAGGUGAAGAAAGACUCUCAGUUGUUCUCAGAGAAGUUCCGCCCUGAGGAGUCCCGCCACUUCAACGUGGCAGCAUCAUCCUCGUUUCAAGCACAGACCUCCAUGACCUUCGACCUCCAUUACGCUGACGGCAGCCACUUGCGCGGCUUUGGAGGCAAGGAUGUAGUGCAACUCGGUGAUUACGAUGCCAACGCCCCUUUCGGGGUUAUCACCGAUUGUAACAGCCCGGAUUUCAACGGCGUUGACGGGAUUCUUGGGUUCGGUCUACCACGUGCUAACAACAACAUGCCUUACCCCAUCCUGUUCUCCAUCACAGAACAGAACACAGACCUUCUCAGAAAGUUCACGUUCUUCUCAACGGACGAUGCUGCCGAGGUCCAGCUUGGAGGGUACGAUCCUUCCAGUACGGCUGGCACAAUGUGGUAUGUUCCAGCCAUGGCGAAAGAUGAUUUCAUUGUGGGGACGACAUCCUUGAAGUUCGGUGACAACCUCAACAGCGCAGUCGAACUGCUGAAGUUCAAGAGCACUGCACAGCAGAAGGUCGGUAUGCCAUCGAUCUUGGAUUCUGGCACUUCCUGCCUCGUCAUUCCAGGGGACCGCGGCGGCGGCGUGCUCACCAACAUUCCUUGGGAUGACUUUGCCAAGAACUGGAAGAGGGGGCGAUCCUUCUGGUUGGAGAUUGGACAGAAGACCUGGGAGAUCCCGUUCUCGUCGUGGUACCUGGCGGAUACUGAGCAGACUUGCGUCCAGCCCUCUCCGGAGGGCAUGCAGGGUCUGUUGAUCGGCGACGUCUUCUUCCGGGAAUAUAUCGUCGAGUUUGACAUGACUGAAUCCCGUCCUAUUCUGGGUAUCGCUCCCUUGAACAAGCAUUACAGCCUGGUGAACAAGAACACGCUUGAGUCCCUUGAGGUGGACGUUGCUCCCAAGAGCAAGCUGUCCCUUAUCAAGGGCGCGCAAGUGAUGUACCCUGCUGAACAUGAGGCAAAGUUGGCCAACGUCGACAGGAUUCCUAUCGAGAACAGCAUGGGAACUCAGUAUUUUAUGGAUUUGAAGAUUGGCACACCCAAACAAACCUUCACUGUAAUCUUCGACACUGGUUCAACUGUCUUCGGAGUAUUUACAUGGAAGAAUAAUUUGCCGAAGGACAUCAAGGACAAGCUUCCAAGCUACUACUUCUCCCAGAAUCUUUACGGUUUGGAGCAAGUCAAGGUUUCCUCGAGCUCCAAUUAUUCCAGCAUUUUUUCUGUCAAGGGUGUCUUCAUCCUGGCCUGUGUAAACAUAGCACUGCUUGCAUCGAUCAAUGUUCUGCUCCGCAGGCAUCGCCGACGGUCGUACCAGGCAACGGCGAGCGAAACAAGUCCACUGAUCUAG